UUUAUUUCAAAACAGGUGUUGAAAAUCUCAUAACAUGAAUAUAAAGCCACGUCCUUGCUCAUGUCUGAUGACAGAACUCGACUGAUAUAAAUUGAUUGGUGUUGCCAGACCAGGUAGAACGGCGAUGUGGCAAAUUACCGUGUGUCUACUCGUAUUGCUUAAAGGCGCCCACGGUGGCCGUCUUACAGUACAUGGCAGUACUCUCAUGAAAGAUGGUCAACGCGUGUUCCUGUCCGGCACGAACCUCGCAUGGGUACACUAUGCCCAUGAUUUCGGACACAAUCAAUACAGUGGUGUGAAAGGCAGAAUGGAACAAAUCCUAAAUGAAAUACACGCGUCUGGUGGAAACUCCAUCCGAAUUUGGCUGCAUAUAGAGGGCGACACGUCGCCAGAGUUCACCGGUGAUGGUCACGUGUCUGGAAUAGACUCCACCCUCGUCAGCGACUUGCGCACCUUCAUACACUCUGCACAGCGUCUCAACAUCCUCGUGUUCAUCGUCCUCUGGAAUGGAGCAAAAAAACAAACCAAUCAUCCAAGAUUACAAGGCCUGAUAACGGACACCGGUAAACUCCAGACCUAUCUCGACAAGUGCCUCACGCCCAUGGUCCACGCCUUGAAAAACGAGCCCGCUCUCGGUGGCUGGGAAAUCAUGAACGAGCCGGAAGGGGAGAUCAUACCAGGCCAUCAUGACGCUAACCCUUGUCACGACACCAGCAAGCUUGAAGGAUCUGGAAUGGGGUGGGAGGGCAGGCUUUACAGCGCAGCACAAAUACAAAGGUUCAUAAACUGGCAAGCAGAUGCGAUUCGUCGUGAAGACCCGGGUGCAAUGGUGACGCUAGGAUCAUGGAACUCAAAAGCUAACACGGACCGAUUUGGCUUCCACAACCUGUACAAAGACUCGUGCCUGGUUGGCUCAGGUGGGAGAGCCCAUGGGACGCUGACAUUCUAUCAGGUGCACACAUACUCCUCUGGAGGACAUUGGGACGGAUUUUCGCCUUUCCAGAAACACUACAGCGAAUUCGGACUGGACAAACCUCUGGUAAUCGGAGAGUUCCGGGAGUCGGAUGCGGCCGGCUCGAAGAUCACUGACCUUUACAACUUCGCCUACUACUAUGGUUACGCGGGUGCGUGGGGCUGGACGGCAUCUGAUAACAACUGGGGAAACAUCAAGACUGGUAUGGCAUGGUUGAGAGGAAGGAAUGACCAGCAAAAAGGCGGGAUGGUUAAUUUCCAUGUUUAAUGGAUAAAUAAAAUUGGAUACAAAACUACA